CUGCUGUGCUGCAAGGCAGACAGGCAGGCUGGCAAAGCAGCUGCAGAGACCGGGCAACGCUGACAACAACGGAUAGGCUCAUGUUAAGAAAGUCAGAAACGCAUCGUUUGCCUAUUUUGUGACUUGAUGUCCAGAUAUUUACAUUUGUAACCUUUUCGCUUAUCACAUUUACUUUAUUUUUACGCAUGCGUGGGAAUAUAUUUUUCGUUCUCUCGACCUGAAAUGACUGCUAGUCGCCGUGUCUAGCCAAUGGUUACUGCGGGGGCUCCUGUCUUGUGGAUUAUCCCUCGUCGCCGAGCCAGUCGCAUGGUCGAGCCCGGAGGAGGCCCUGCUCUGCUGGAUGGAUAUGUGUGAAGCAGCGCCGGACUCCAAGUACUGAUGAAGACAAUGAUAAUGAUGAUGCUUGGGUUUCAUCGGCAGCGGGUAAACUGAUCUUGGAUGUUUGGGCUAUAUCGGCCCUACACAAAACAUUUUCUCAUACGGCAAACAUUAUAUUCUUUAAAAACUGGACGCCCCUGGAGCAGUUUAUGACGACCCUGGUAGGAGCGUGAUGAGCGCGCGCUUCCACUUGCCUGCUGGCAGAUCCUACAAUGUCCGGGCGACGGAGCUGGAGCGAGACAGACAGCACACACAGGUUGUGUGCAGUGUACUGCUGCUGGACAACACUGUCCAGACGUUCAAAGUCUGCAAGUCGGAUCAUGGCCAGGUGUUGCUGGAUGCUGUCUUUAAACACCUGGAGCUGACUGAGAGAGACUACUUUGGCCUGCACUUGGCUGAUGACUCCUUAGAUGCGCCACGCUGGCUCGAUCCCAACAAGCCCGUCAGGAAACAGUUAAGAAGAGGGUCUCCCCAUAACUUGAGCUUCAGAGUCAAAUUCUUUGUGACAGACCCCAGUAAACUUCAGGAAGAAUACACACGGUACCAAUAUUAUCUUCAGAUCAAGCAGGAUAUAGUAACUGGAAGAUUACCCUGUCCACACAACACAGCCGCACUGCUGGCGUCCUAUUCUGUUCAAUCUGAGCUGGGGGACUACAGUGAAGCGGAGCAUUCCGCAGGCUAUCUGUCGGAAUUCUGCUUCAUGCCCAAUCCUCCGCAAGACUUCCACAAAGAGGUUGCCAAACAUCACCAGCAGCACAGUGGUCUAUCUCCUGCCCAGUCAGAGUUUAAUUAUCUGAACACAGCACGCACGCUGGAGCUCUACGGGGUAGAGCUGCACUAUGCAAGGGAUCAGAGCAACACAGAGAUUCUUCUUGGUGUGAUGUCUGCCGGCAUUGUGAUUUACAAGAACAGGGUACGGAUCAACCAUUUCCCAUGGUUGAAAAUAGUGAAAAUCUCCUUCAAGUGCAAACAGUUCUUUGUGCAGCUAAGAAGAGAGGCGUCUGAGACCCGGGAAACACUGCUUGGCUUCAACAUGGUGAACUAUCGGGCCUGUAAAAACUUGUGGAAGGCCUGUGUGGAGCACCACACCUUCUUCAGGCUGGAUCGGCCCAUCCCUCCACAGAAGAACUUCUUUGCUCACUAUUUCACCCUGGGCUCAAAGUUCAGAUACUGCGGACGGACAGAGGUGCAGUCUGUGCAGUAUGGAAAGGAGAAAGGCAUUAAGGACAGAGUGUUUGCCAGAUCUCCCAGCAAGCCAUUGGCCAGGAAGUUGGUGGGCGGAACUGACUGGGAGUCGGUCAGCAGGAACAGCCUAUCAGAUGAGAGACUGGAGACCCAAAGCCUCCCCACUCGCUCGCCGCCAGGGACGCCCAAUCAGAACUCAAUGUUUGUACAAGAGGGCACACGACUACGCCCGUCAUCCGUUGGCCACCUGGUCGAUCAUGUGAUCCACGCUUCACCCAGCCUGCCUGUUUUCUCUUCCUCCAAUCACAAGUCAGCGUCGUCUACGCAGGCCAACAGCAUCAGCUUGGAUUCCACACCGUCCCCAGAGGGGCUAGAUGGCCAACCUCCAGCUCUGCCCCCCAAGCAGCUGAGCAGGAAGACCUUGAGCCAGAUCAUCCAGGCCCACUCCCAGCAGAGCCUCCUGGAUAACCACCUUAACGAGAUGUACGACGUUCCGGUCAAUGCUGAUAAGACCACGUUAAAUGGAGUUGUUCCUCAUGAUAAUCUGGUCCUGAUCAAGAUGAGACCUGACGAACACGGACGUUUUGGCUUCAAUGUCAAGGGUGGAGCUGAUCAGAAGAUGCCUAUCAUUGUGUCUCGAGUAGCUCCGGGAACAUCAGCUGAUCUGUGUGUGCCUCGCCUUAACGAGGGCGACCAGGUGGUCUUAAUUAAUGGACGGGACAUCUCUGACCACACCCAUGACCAGGUGGUCAUGUUCAUCAAAGCCAGCUGUGAGAGCCAUUCUGGAGAGCUCAUUCUAUUGGUCAGACCGAAUGCCAUCUAUGAUGUGGUGGAGGAGAAGGUGGACUCAGAGCCAGAUUUUCAGUAUAUUCCUGAGAAGUCCCCUCAGGACCCCACCCAGCUAGACCAGCAUGCUUUGAGGGACUCCAUGGUCACACUGAAGGAAGGCCUGAUUAGUGGAGCCAUAUUGGCACAGUUUGAUCAACUGUACAGAAAGAGGCCGGGGAUGACCAUGCUGUGUGCCAAAUUACCUCAGAACGUUUCCAAAAAUCGCUACAGAGACAUCUCUCCAUAUGAUGCCACGCGGGUCAUUCUGAAAAGCACAGAUGACUACAUCAAUGCAAAUUACAUCAAUAUGGAGAUUCCAGCCUCGAGUCUUAUAAACCGCUACAUAGCUUGCCAGGGACCCUUGCCAAACACUUGCCCAGACUUCUGGCAAAUGACAUGGGAGCAGGGCUCAUCUAUGGUGGUCAUGCUGACCACACAGGUUGAGAGAGGACGGGUGAAGUGUCACCAGUAUUGGCCCAAUCCAGACAGCAGCACCACCUACGGAGACUUUACAGUAAUGUGCCACAAUGAAGAGGGCAACUCUGCCUUCCUGGUCCGGGAGAUGACUCUAAUGCACAUACCGAGUGAGCAGCAGAGAGAGCUUACCCAGAUUCAGUACCUGGCUUGGCCAGACCACGGCGUCCCCGAUGACUCCACCGACUUCCUGGACUUUGUGGCUCUGGUACGGACCAAACGGGCUGGACAGGACCAGCCAAUGGUGGUACACUGCAGUGCGGGGAUUGGUCGGACAGGGGUUCUGAUCACCAUGGAGACGGCAUUGUGUCUAAUGGAGUGUGGUCAGCCUGUGCAUCCUCUAGAUAUCGUCCGGACCAUGAGAGAUCAGAGAGCCAUGAUGAUACAAACACCUAGCCAGUACCGCUUUGUAUGUGAGGCCAUCCUGAAAGUCUAUGAGGAGGGCCUGGUCAAACCGUUCAAGACCGUUGUCUACCAGCUGAGAGAAAAGGGGGAUGUUGAGAGGGAGGAAGAGAGGAGAGAGCAGCAGAGGGCAGGAGAAGGAGCAGAGACGGCAGCAACGGAAGAGGGGGAGGCGGCUGUGGUGGAGUUGCUGGAAGGAGGUCUGGAUGAAGAGGACGAUGACGACGAAGAGGUGGAGGUGCUGGAUGUGGGGGAAGUGACAGGGGAGGAGGAGGAUGAAGAAGAUGAGGAAGCGGAGGACCCAAGCGUUGCCAGUGCUGCCAGCGCUGCUAGUGCUGCUAGCGCUACCAGUGUGAUGAGCGAGACCAGCGUGAACCCGGACCCUGAUCCUGAUCCUGAUCCUGACCCUGCUAACCCGUGACUUUGACCAUUGGCAGUCAUCAGGGGUUACCAUGAGGAUGCCAGGUGGCUUGGAGGAGAGAACAAAAGCACUGUUGCACUUUAUGCUGACAAAAAUGGGGGAAAACACACAAAAACAAACAAACAAACGUGAAAGUCAUGGACAAGCUAGACUAGAAAAAGAAACCCAGCUGUGUUAAAUAGGUACCGUUAGGGGAUAUUGUAUGUUCAGGGUAAAGAAAAAAGUCUACAACGAAUGACAAGAUAAAAGUACGAGAGAAUGAAAUGUGGAUGGGGAAUUGCUGUAGUGCCAUAAGUACGAAGGGGAAGGGCCGCCCCAAUGGAUGGAAAGGGUUGUUUUUCCCUCAAAGGGUCGCCCUGUCCCCUUCUGAGCAAGUCUGCCAGACGGACCUGCCUUUUUUUAGUGUCCUUUUAGAUGAUAAGGAGAUACACCUUAUCCUUUUUUUUCCUCAGAAAGAGUAUUUAUUGUGUUUUUAGUUUGUGUCAAACCCUGUCCACUGAACAAAAAAACAGUGUGUUUGUUUGUAUGAAUCCAGAGCUUCAUGCUUUCCAGAGUAAACCUUAGGUAGUCAAGUA